AGAUUAGGACAUCUAAGUUAUUUGCUGCAGCUCACAAUGGAAACAACCUGACAUGAAAACCAUAGUGUGUCUUCAGCUACAUAUGGAACAAACAAACAUGAUGCUCUGAUUUUGUCACUGGAAUGCAGCGCGAGCUAUAAAGCAGUAAAGUGGAUAGUAAGCUAUUCAGUAGAUCCAUGUUCCCAAGACGAUACUCCUGAGAGUUUUGAAGCAGCAGUUCUUAAGUCUGAGAUAGCCUGCCUGCCUAACACAAUGUUAGCCAAAGGUUGGAGCCCUUGGUGCAGGGUCCUGAAAGGGCCAAUGCUGCUGGCUUUGGCAGCCUGUGCUCUUCCUGCUUUAUGCAAUGUACAGAAGGCUUUGGAUGAAUAUGUAUUCAGUUUUGAUCCACACUAUUCCUACACUAUCCUGGACAACCUCACAUACCGCAAUAAUAAUUCCACUGUGUUUUUCCUUAACAUGACAUCGCAGAAAUGGCUGGAUGAGACUCAUGUUGACCAACCGAUAUGGUGGCACUACUUGUCAAUCACAGUUCCGGACAAAGUGACUCCUGGCCUGGAGGAUACUGCAUUUAUGUUCAUCAAUGGUGGCAAAAAUCAUCAGAAACCACCUGCUCCUUCAGAUGACUUUGUUGCUUUUACCACCUUGCUUGCAGUUAGCACAGGAACAAUUGCAGCCUGUAUCAGUCAGAUUCCAAACGAACCUCUCAAGUUUACUAGUGACCCAUUUGGAAAGGAGAGCCGCGUUGAAGAUGAAAUCAUUGCUUAUACCUGGUGGCACUUCCUUAACAACCACACAGAUGAUCCUAAGUGGCUCCUUCGGUUCCCCAUGACAAAGGCUAGUGUCCGGGGACUGGAUACCAUUGCUGAGUUUGCCUUCAAAAUAUCUGGUGGAAGCUGGAGAAUUAAAAGGUUUACAGUGGCUGGGGCCUCCAAGAGAGGCUGGACAACCUGGACUGUGGCAGCAGUUGAUAAACGUGUUAUUUCCCUGAUUCCAAUUGUCAUGGAUGAACUGAACUUGGUAAAGAAUCUGCACCACCAUUAUAAAUCUUAUGGUGGUUGGACAUUUGCCUUCAAGGAUUACUAUCAUAUGAAUAUUACCAGAGACUUAGACUCACCGCAGCUGCAGCAGUUAGCUGAUGAGGUCGACCCAUUCUCUUUUAACAAGAGGUACAUGAACAAAUCCACUUAUAUAAUCUCAACAGGAGGAGAUGAGUUCUUUGUUGUUGACAACAGCCACUACUUUUUCAGUGAGCUGAGUGGUGACAAGUACCUUAGAAUAAUCCCAAAUGCAGAACAUUCAUGUCGUGGACAUUGGCUCAGCAUCUUUUUUUCAAUGAGGGCUUUCUUCCUAAGUACUGCCUUAAAGCAAAAUCGACCCAAGAUCUUCUGGAACAGGACAGAGACUGACAAAACAGCGGCCAUCUACUUUUACACAGAUACGAAGCCCUUGACCAUCCAAGCAUACCAUGCUAAAACCCUGGAUUAUAAAAGACGGGACUUCAGAUUAUUUGUGGGAAAACCAAAGAACCCUGAUCAACUUCUGUUUCACCCAGUGAUCUGGCUACCUUCCAAAGUGCAGAAAAAGAGUUUUGGUAUAUACAAGAAAGAAUUCGAGAAACCUAAAGAUGGUUGGCUUGCCUUCUUCAUUCAGGUAACCUAUCGUGGACCAGAGAAAUCUGUGCUGGAAUUUACAACAGAAGUGCAUAUCAUUCCAGAUGCAUUCCCUUUCCCAGACUGCACUGGAGAAAAGUGUUAUGGAACAUUAGUGUGAUGGAGCCCUUGAUA